GAUCUUGCUUAUUAUUUUCUCUCUGUCUUAUUUCUCUCUUACUUUCUUCUUUUUACUAUUAUUACCACCUGCUUUUGAGUUUUUUCCUUUUUACCACCAUUUUGCAACUCAUUUGCAUUCGCCAUGGCCAAACCGGCAACGAAUAAGCUUAUGAACAACCCGUUCUUUGCGAAUCGCCAUCAACCUGUUAUAAAUGCAAAUCAGGCCCCCAUUGCAAAAUCACCAGGUCAGCUCAAGUCGAAAUGGCAACCAACGGCCGUACCAAAAAUGGAAAGUCCUGUCAAAAUACCACAAACUUUACCAGAGAAGAAGCAAACAGAAGCUCCCGCUGAGACACCAGUCUCCGUUCAACACGUCCCUGAAACCCCUCUACCAAAGCCUGCUGAGCCGAAGCCAUCCGAAAAAAUAAUAGAGCCACCAUCGCCUGUCGAGUCGCCCGUCGAAACUAAGCCCAAAACAGAGUCUACUGUCGCUAGUCAGCCCGACCAAUCUCUUGGGAAUGAUUUUGGCUCUUCGACACCAAGCAAGAUGGAGACGUCGCCUACAGAACAGACCGAAAGGCGGAAAUCGUUUAUUUCGUCCGCUUCCAUGGAAUCUCCAUUACCAUGGAAAAGCUUUGAAAUAGCCGAACGACCGCAAAGCCAGCUAUUAUCUUCGUUGGGCGGAACAGAGGAUCUUGACGAUAUGAUUAUGCAGCUUCUCGUCUCGCAAGCGGUUAUUGACGCAAAAGAUUUUGAAGUUUUGACCAUGGAGGAAGUGGAGAAUCUAAAAGAGAGACAUAUUGCACUGACACAUCGGAUAGAAGAUCAAACUUCUAAAUUAUCUUUAGAGUCAAAAAUGAGGGAGGCUUCGCAGUCGCUGGCUCGACUGCACCAUACCAACAAGAAGAUGGCUCAGCAGUCCCAGGAGCAGUUCAUGGCUUCAACCAAAAAAGUCGAUCAGGAGGCGAAGGAAUUAUGGAGGCUUAUGAAAUUAGGUUCGGAAGCUCAGCAACGUUUGCUACAACACACGGCUGGUACACUCAGUGUUGGUGUGAAGGUACUGGAAGACCAGAUAUCUCGACGUCCAAAGAAGAAUAGUAAGCCUGCGCCAGCCUCAAUGAAUACUGCCGACGCAGAAGAAAAGAUACGAAAGCUUGCUCUCGAACUUCGAAAGCGGAAUCAGGAGGUGAACAAGCAGAGUGCAGAACUCGAGCAGCUGCGCUAUGAAAAAUUGCACGACAUCGAAUUUGAAUCCAACAACAACGUUCAAACGAAGGAGCGAGAGAUUCGAGAGUUACGUACUGAGUUAGAGCAACUGCAUAAUGGGCUGGACUUUUUGGUACGCCGACAUCAACUAAAUGGCCAUGAUGCACAAACUCAGCCGUCGGAUAUUCUGGCAAGCAGCUCGGCCAGCGAAGAUUCUCUGUCGAUCGACGGUACGCAAGGAGGGACCGACUUUUCUUUCAAAUCAUUCCAUACCAGUAUGACAGAAGUCAAUGCAGACGAUGAUUCUUCUACCACCAUACCCGCCCACACCAUGACUCUGAAUGCUCUUGACAAAUUGCUCAAAGAGUCCCAAAGUAAACUACGCAAGACCGAAAGUGAAGCAGAGGCAACCCGCGUAGCAUUAGCAGAAUCCAGGGAAAAGCUAUCAAGCUACUACAGGAUCUGUUGGUACUGCAAAAGGACAACGCGAAACUCCGAGAAGAUGCGAACGCUGCCCACAAACACCAUAAUUCUGUACUUGAGUCAGAAUUUUCGCAUGCAAAGGAGCAGCUGGAGAAGAUGGAAGUGGAUCUUUAUGGCCUCACUGAAUUAUUUCCCAUGGAAAAGACUCACAGCAGCUCCUCUGAGCUCAGCCCCAUCGAAAUGGCAGCCGUCAAGAUCAGAGACAUGGUGAGCAAAAAUAUAAGAAUAGAAGAGACUAUGAAAUCGAUGGAGGCCGC